GUGUAAGACAUGGUGCACGACAUGCUAGUCACUUUAUUUAUCCUAAUCACUCCUACCGUAGCCCUACCCCGGCUUAGGGACCCAUUUGAUGUGCCGGAAGCGUCGCACUCAAAACCACUUCCAAAUGAUCAUAUCAACCCAUUCUUCACUUUCAAUGAAGAUGAAAUCCCAAGAAUGGCGCCUGUAGAUCUCGACGAGGAAGUCGAAAUUGCCCCAAAGAAGAAGGUCGAGAAACUCCCGAUGCAGAAAAUCCUUAAGCACCAUGUCUUUAAUGAGGAUCGACCUAUUCCCGAUGUAAUGCCUGCACUACCAAUUCCAAAAAGUGCAGAAUUCCUCGAGCCUCAGCCUGGUGUUGCGCCGAAGUUCACGGGUUCGGUCGAGAAAGAGCCCUCUAGUACAUCUGGAGAUUUCGAUUAUUUCAACUUUGGCGAAGGUGAAGGUCCCGUAACCAACCCAGCAGCCACAUAUCUUGCCGGAGGAGAUUUUGAAAAGGUUUCUGCUCCUAAAUGCACAAUGCUCGGCUGCACUGGACCUUUGCCAAAUGACGGCAGCUUCUCUAUCGACCCCCCAAAAUCUAAGGGGAAAUCUUGUCAUCAAACAUUUGUUCCAAUGAAUGGAUGCACGAAUAACAAAGGCUACCCGAUGGGUAUGCUGUGUUCGAUCUGCUGUGACUGUACUGCCAGUUUCAUCAGAGAAAUGAAGAAAACCCAUGGCUACAAGAUUAACUACCCUGCCUAAUUUACUAUUCUUCUCAAUCUACCGCAUUCUACCGUAUUCCAAAUUAGUGAACAAAUCUCUCAACACUGCUUUGCAAUCAAUUUGUUUUCAAUUCUAUCUCAUCUAGGCGGGUUUACUGUAUAUACACUGCUUGCUUUUC